GGGAGUACAAGGUGGUCGGGCGCUGCCUGCCCACGCCGAAAUGCAGGACCCCUCCUCUGUACCGCAUGCGGAUCUUCGCCCCGAACCACGUUGUCGCCAAGUCCCGGUUCUGGUACUUCGUUUCUCAGUUGAAGAAGAUGAAGAAGUCUUCUGGAGAGAUUGUGUACUGUGGCCAGGUGUAUGAGAAGUCUCCUCUGCGAGUGAAAAACUUCGGCAUUUGGCUGCGCUAUGAUUCUCGCAGUGGAACCCACAACAUGUACAGGGAGUACAGAGACUUGACCACAGCUGGGGCUGUCACUCAGUGCUACCGUGAUAUGGGAGCUCGUCACCGUGCCCGAGCUCACUCCAUCCAGAUAAUGAAAGUUGAGGAAAUUGCUGCUAGCAAGUGCCGCAGGCCAGCGGUGAAGCAGUUCCAUGAUUCCAAAAUCAAGUUCCCUCUGCCGCACAGAGUUCUGCGCCGCCAGCACAAGCCACGUUUCACCACCAAGAGACCGAACACUUUCUAUUAAAUACAAAACGUGCUGUCAACUCUGUGUUAUAAUAAAGGUCUUAUUUGAACCUUU